UCAGACUGGAAGAGCCCAUCGUUCACAGAGGGAAGAAUGUAGUAUUGCACAUCAUUGUAGAGCAAAGGCGCCGAGACAGUACAUGCGACUAUAUGGUUACCAAAGAAGGUUCAUAAACUUCUUCCAAUCAUUGUUAUGUUAGCUGUAUUCCCUCCAUCGCCCCCGUGACUGAACGAUGUGAAUUCGGAAUGCUACUCCCCAUGUCUUGAAACGUUUCUGAAAAUGGACCCUGGCAACGGCGAGCUCCAGCUGUGAACGCGACGGGAUCCGGAGCGGAACCCGGACCGGCCGACCACCAGAAUCCGGAGCGGAACCCGGACCGGCCGACCACCAGAAUCCGGAGCGGAACCCGGACCGGCCUACCACCAGGAUCCGGAGCGGAACCCGGACCGGCCGACCACCAGGAUCCGGAGCAGAAACCGGACCAGCACUCCAAAAGCAUCCAGAGCAGCACACCACUAGGAUCCGAAGCAAAACCCAGACCAACACUCCAACAGGAUCCGGAGCAGCACACCAAUAGGAUCCGGAGCGGAUCCCGGACCAGCUCACCAACAGGAUCCGGAGCAGCACACCAAUAGGAUCCGGAGCGGACCCCCGGACCAGCAGACCACCAGGAUCCGGAGCAGCACACCAACAGGAUCCGGAGUGGAAACUGGACUGGACACCGCGUGGUCUGCUGACAGUGGCACUCAAGUGCCAGCGACAUGUCCGACUCCGAGGACGAAAUUCAGGACCGUCAGCUGAAGAUAGUCAUCCUUGGGGAUGGCGCGUCAGGAAAGACCUCUUUGGCAAUGCGUUUUGCGCAGGAAGCUUUUGGAAAGCAGUACAAACAAACAAUUGGGCUGGAUUUUUUCCUGAAACGAAUAUCUCUACCAGGUAAUUUAAAUGUUACACUACAAGUCUGGGAUAUUGGAGGACAAACCAUAGGCGGAAAGAUGUUGGACAAAUACAUCUAUGGAGCUCAAGGUAUUUUAUUGGUAUAUGAUAUCACAAAUUACCAGAGUUUCGAGAACCUUGAAGAUUGGUUUGCCGUAGUGAAGAAAGUAAAUGAUGAGUAUGAGCAACAGCCUAUGGUUGCACUGGUUGGAAAUAAAAUUGACCUGGAGCACAUUCGAACUGUGAAGACAGACAAACAUCAACGAUUUUGCCAGGAAAAUAACAUCAGUGGUCAUUUUGUCUCUGCCAAAACUGGAGAUUCUGUAUUCCUCUGUUUUCAAAGGUUUGCUGCAGAGAUUAUUGGUAUUAAACUAAAUAAAGCAGAGAUUGAACAAUCACAGCAUAUUGUCAGGGCCGAAUUGGUAAAUUACCCACAUGAUGCGAAUCUAUCCCAGGGUUCUGUACCCUGCCGAAGUAGAGUGUGUGUCAUACAAUAAUUUCAGCGCGUAGUGAAGGCAGAUAUUGUGAAUUACAGCCAGGAGCCUGUGGUGAGAACUGUGAACCCUCCCAGAAGUUCAAUGUGUGCAGUUCAGUGAUCCUGUCACAUACCCAUAUUAGUACAUUUGGCAAUCCUGCUUCGUUCACACAGGCCCAUUCUUCCUCAGGAACUUCAUUUUGACAGCAACCAUCUCUGCAACACAGUUACUGUAUGCUAAGAAACACAAGGCAGCCACUGUCGACUGCAGAGAUCCACGAAGUUGGACCAUGCAUUUGAGUAUGAUUUUCUAAAUCGAGUCACGAAAAGAUAUUUGUCACUUACUUUAAAAUGAUGAUGUAACUGCAUCAAAUGUGUAUUUUGCAACUUAAAAAAUCAAGUUUGUACAACAGGGCAUUUAAAUGUAUUUCAUCAUUUACAGAAAUCUGUAUUUUAAAUGAAAUCUCAUUUAAAAGAACAGGGUAGAGUUUUGUAGCCCUGAGGAAAAAUAUUUUUUAUUGCAACUUGAUUUUAUUUUAGCAAAUGUGGACAGGAUCGUAUACUGGUAUGAAGAUCAGAGUCUUACAAGAUAAGAAAGUGGGAAGCCUGUAAAAACUAAUUUGGCCCUCUGAAGUAUGGCCCUUUUGUACCUUUACUUUGUGCAGCAUCCAGCUUGAAAUCUUUUGUUUCUGUUACUUUGCUUGACAUAUUAUUAAAUGCAUUUAUGACUUUGAGUAUGAUAGUUAUUUGAUUAUGUUACAUCAAACAAAAUCUGUGUUCUCAUAGCUUGAAAUAUGGUAUUUGUACCACAUGAUAUUUUUCAAACCUUGGUAGGGGUUUCCUUACCAUUUUGUUUUCAGGCUUUCUGCUUAUUGGUUUUUCCUUCUGAUUCUUGAAAAACAGUGAUGUUUGUCUUUGCAUCUUCGUGAAAUUUGUAAAUCCGCUCCAUAUUAAAUGUUAAAAUCUUCAUCUCUAUUUUUCUGAAUGAGGCACCUUUUGCCUAAUAAUGCAUGCUACGGUUAUUUGUCAUUUUUAUUUGUCAAUCAUACAUUUAAUUUUUGCCAGUAAUAAAUGCUAUUUAUUUUAAAAUGUAAAACUUGAAAUUCUUUACCUAAAUUCUCUAUAUUUUAGGUAACCUUGCUGUCAAAUUUGACCACCUUUGUUUGAUGUGUAUUAUUUAUAGGAUCCCAGGCUGUUAGUUUAUUCUAUGAAAUCAAGUGGGAGAAAUUAGAACCCCAAUCUGACUGACUUCAUGCAGGAUAUCCCAUUCUAAAUUCUCCAGCCAUGUUAAGGCAGGACAUUCUAUAAACAUUCUUACCAAGGUACUAUGAGGAGCAUGAAAAUAUUUUUUGAAAUUUUGAAUUGACUACCAUAGCCUCUUUAAGUUUAGCUCUUCAAAAAUUUGAUUAGAAUCUUUCUUCAUGCUCACCCUUCACCAAUAUUUUAAUUUAAAGAGUAGAAUGCCCCUGCAUGGUCUGAGAAUUCCACAUUUCUUUGUAUCCUCUCACCAACCUAUCUAAUCAAUUUCAUCAUAUCUCAUUAUUUGUACAUAUACAACCCUCUGCCAUGCACAUAUUCUACUAGCGUACUACAGAAAUAAAAUACUACAAAUAGAUGAUUGGGAAAAUGAGGUGCAAUUCUCACAAAAACAGAUUCUGCACCAAUUCCAGCAAAAACAGAAUGCUGGUUUUCAUCCUCUGAAAUUUUGGAGUUUCAGGCUUUUGUGAGUAAUAUGUUUCUUUAAUAAACAUUUUGCCAGUGGCACUGAGCAUUUUCUGUAAAUCCAAUAGAUAAACAGUUGCAUUGUUUGCAUUCAUCGAAUGCUGCAUUUUCUAUUUAUAUGUAGAAAUCUAAUGGAAUCUUCCUAACUUUAUUUUAUCUUCACUCUAGUAAAACCCUUUGUAUAGUAGUUUUUUUUUAUUAUUUCACUUUAUUAUUAAUAACAAACCAUUGACUUGUAGCUGCCUUAAAUCUGUGUGUAUGUGUGUAUACAUAAUAUAAUAUACACACAUAUAUAUAAAUAAUAUAUAUAUUAUAUACACACACACAUAUAGUUCCCUUCCUACAUUUUUUCUUUACUUAAAUCAUACUCAAUGCACUGCCUACGGGACUUAGGCUUAUGCAUAUUGAUAAUGACGUGUUUGUUUAAGACACCCCUGUACUUCGACAUUUUCCAUAUAUCUUUGUACCAAUGAUCAAAUUGAAUGCAGUGCAGCAGCACUAAUUUAACCAAACCUUUGUCCAUGUUUCUCAAAAAUAAAUACAUAUUUGGAUACCAAAUAUCUGACACUUGCUGAAUACACAGACCCCCUUAAAUAUAUUUUGUUUUAGCUGUUUAAUUUUAAGAACACUCUGAAGUACAUUCCAUUUGAUACUUGAAUGAGUGCAGCAAAGAAAAGAGUAUUGACAUUUGCAUUUGGACCUAAUUUGUAUUUUUGAAUUUUGUGGAAGCAGUCAAAUCUUUGUGGAUUGUUGGUAACAGAUUGAAUAAUUUCCAUUUGAAGUUCAGCAAAACACUAACGUCAUAUACAGCCAAACAAUGUUGGCAAAUUUUAUAAAUAUCAUGUAUAUUUUAGUUUGGUGACAGUAAUGACAAAUAUUUCUUUGAACUUUAAAAUAGUCCUCACUAAUACUUCAUGAUAGUAAUUGUUAAGCAAAUUAAGGUACAAUAAUCAGUAUAAAAUAGAUUAAAUGUAUUCAAUAAAAUCUUUUUUGCAGUUUUCUUAAUAAAUGGUUCAUGUUGCUAUCUGGAUGCAUUAUGUUUGCAUUAUGAAUAAAAGCUUAUUUGUUUCAAAAUAUUUUAAAUAUUUGAACAUGAAUUUUGUCAUAAGGAUAUUUAGUUAUGUUGCAGAUUUAUUUUACUGCUUUAUUUCUUGCAGAUAAACGUGCAUUACACCAUUAAAGGGAUAUAGAAUAUGAACCCUUUAAAUUAUUGGUGGGCACAGAACUGGAAUAUAAUUGCUCUUGAAUGUUGUAAAUUAUAUGUAGGGCUUAUUUGUAUGUGAAUAUAUUGAAAAAUGCUUUAUGCUGUUAAAAUGUAUAUCUGCUCAUAAAUACAGAAUCAUUGAGAUUUGUGAAAGUUAGCUUGGGCUGAUUUAUUGAAUAUACGUCACUAGUCUAGUUAUCAAAAAUACUUUAAUUAUUUUACUUUUACGUUGAUUCUUUUAAGUGUUCAUGCACAUAAUGUGCAAUUAAACAAAUUGUAUUUUUAAAAGUAAACUUAACCAAUGUAGUAAUUUAAUGCAAAGUUGCUGAAAUAAUUGUACAAGUCAAAAUUCUGUUUUGUUCUUCCAAAUUUCAAUUUUGGCUCUAGGUUUACAGUAUCGUUUGUAUGGACUAAGACAGAAAUCUGUGGUUAAAGGGCCUUUAUCACUUAUAAAAAGUUCAGUGAUACUAAAAUAUAGACUUGUGUUUCAUGUUUCCAGACAUUCCUCUAUACAUAUUCUGAAGCAGGCAUUCUGUAGCGGGAUAUAUUCCACAUUUUCCUACAGUUCAUUAUUGAAGUGAGAGGACUCAGAAGAAUAAGACAAGAAUGAAAAUGCCCCUGUUGUUGCUGUUGCUAUGGGCCUUUGUCUACUCGAGGUGAAGGAGUACCUUUCUUUCUGACCUUUCUCCCACUUUCUUGAGAAAAGAUGCUCAAAAUCCUUGGAAAACAUAAAAGGGGAUAAAGUCUUCCUAUGUUGGCACUCCAUUUUUUUUUAUUGCUUUGAGCCUGAAGAUUGAAUAUAUCUUUGUCCAAAAAAAGGGCCCCUAAGGUCCAACUUGUGAGUUUGAUGUUGGAAUUGUAGAGGUUUUACUGCAUGUUGUACCUUAUGUAUUUUCUUGCAGAAAGCAGUGUCAGUUCUCACUCAAAAUUUCACUGUAUAAGGAUACAAAACCAGGGAAGUCCUAGGUUUGACUACAGGCCAUUAUUGGAUUACAGAUGUUAAACUUGAAUUUCAAUGGUAUCAAGUUGGAUUUACAGGAACCUCCUUAAUCAAAAAUUUACCUAUUAUCCUAUUGUACUUGCCACAGAACAGCACAACAAAAUGACAACCAAAAUUUUUAAAGACAGAUAAACCUGUCAUCGCUCCGUGGGAGUAAAAUUACCCUUUACUCACAACAUGAAUAUGAAACAUCUCUGUUGGUGUGUUCUGGAGCAGAAACUUAAAUUCUUAAAUCAUGGAAGUCUGUUAGACUACAGUUUGCAUUGAUGGCAAGAGAAAAGAAAUUUGAAGAUAAAUAUUUAAACAAUUUCAUUU